UCAAGCUGUGUUGGAUUAACCGCCACUGCACAGCUACCACAUUUUUUAAAUCCAUCGCAGAGUGUAAAAUCGAUCGCUAUAAGAACGUCUAUUAAAAGGCAAGGUAAGUAGCUAGAAUUUCCUGUUCGUUCACAGCAAUGCGUUCUUUAUUUCUGUCCUUGGUCGUUGUUUUACAUGCGCUGACAGUCGCUUUACCGCAACCACACCCUCUUUCGAUAUCAUUGACGAAAAAAUCAACUCUCAGGACCACUGACGGACGCGUUGACUUGGCUUCAAUCAGGAGUCAUAUUUCUAGUACAGAAGCCAAGUUACAGCGGAACGCUGCUGCGUUCGAAAGAAACACUGGUGCAGCCCUCUUCUCCCCUUCAAUAACCAAGCGUGCGGCAGCGUUAGGCUCGGCACCGCUUGUUGACAUCGCAAAUAGAACUUGGAUUGGAGAGAUCAAAGCCGGCACUCCGCCGCAGACAUUUACCAUUAACUUUGACACUGGUUCUACGGACUUAUUUCUACCUGGAUCAACUUGCGGGGACACAUGCAGCGGACAGCAACGGUACGAUCCUGAUAGCAGUUCUUCUGCCCAACUCCUUGGCAAGUCGUUCACAGUGGAGUACAUGGAUAAUUCCGCGGCUACAGGUGAUCUAUAUGCGGAUAGUGUCUCGCUUGCUGGCUUCAAAGCCACUGCACAAACUUUUGGCGUUGCGUUAAAUGAAUUCGGUUUUUCAUCAGAAAUAUAUGAUGGGCUGAUGGGAUUGGCUUUCAAGUCGAUCUCUAGGUUUGGCGCAAACUCGGUUUUCCACACGCUUGUUUCACAAGGAGCUGUCCCAGAACCGGUGUUUGCUUUCAAACUUGCAUCCUCUGGUUCUGAGCUUUACGUUGGUGGCGUGAACCCUUCGGUAUAUCAAGGCUCGUUCGCAUAUACUCCAGUAACCAAAGAGGGGCCCUGGCAGAUCACUGGUGAUGCCAUCGGGAUCAAUGGGAAAGAAAUUGUCAAUACAUUCUCCGCCAUUAUCGACUCUGGGACCUCGUUGAUCUUGGGCAAUUCGCCCGACGUCAGUCAGCUCUACGCGGCCGUCAAUGCGACAGAAAUAGAAAAGGGUGUAUACGCGCUACCAUGCGACACCGUGCCAACUGUGAGCAUCACCCUUGGAGGGAAGUCGUUUCCGCUUUCUGCGGAGACUUUAAUCCAUGGCCCUGUUGAUUCAUCAGGAACGAUCUGCAUUGGUGCUAUCCAUGGCAGUGAUGAAGUUGAAGAUCAAUGGAUCCUUGGUGACGUCUUCAUGAGAAAUGUGUACACUGUCUUCGAUGUUGGAAACUCCAGAGUCGGCUUUGUGGAGCUCGCGUGAGACGGAAAUCGCACUCGAACAGUUAGCUUACUUGGACAUUGCUUUUGACUAGGAUGUUUCCAAACUGACGUUCACUCGGACUUAGCUAGGACUUCUUGGACUGUAGUAUAUAUAGGUGUAUCACGAAUACUGGAUUCUCGUUCCCAUUCAUCUACGCUCCACUCGGCAUUAUCGUGGAUCUCACUUUUCAUGCAGGCAUCAUGUAGAUCCUCGGAGCUUGGAACCUUCGAUCAUGACCUAAUAGACGAUCAAGAGCGAGAAGAUAUGAAAGUAUGAAGGUAUGGGCCUGGCAGUGAGCUAAGUCAGGAGUAAAGGCGAGAUACUAUGGGGAGAGAUGGAUUCGAUGAGAAUGAACGCAUCAA